UAUACUGGGAAUUUGAUGUACAUUGUUCUCAAGCAAUUAUGAUAUUGUGUAUGCUUUUGUCUUGUUUUGUUCUUUUAUUGCAGUUAAGCAUAACUUAGAUAUAACAGUAAUCAAAGUAGUUUCUUGCAAUGGAAUUUUCUCAAAAUUUUUCUGUGAAUGAAGUGGUGUCAUUUCUCAAAGAGAAGAUUUUAGUAACAUCCGAAAUUGAACACAUGAUUCAAAAGGAGCAAAUUAAUGGCCAAACUCUGCUGGAUUUGAAUGAUAGCGAUUUAAGGACUCUUGGAUUCUCAACAAUUCGUGCCGUGAAGGAAAUGCAACGACUCAUAAUGCAAUGCAAAAACGAAGCAAAUGGCCCAAGUGUCAUGUUGUGCCCAGAGGAGCCACCUUUUGCCAAUCUUCAUGGAAAGAUUCUCCAGUUUUCAGGGGGUUGUGAUGUUAUUGGACAUUUGAAUGAGAAUGGGUAUCUUAGACGAAGAGAUCAGAAAAUAUUUACGAACAUUUGUGUGGAAAUAUUAGUUUCUGAAGCUGUUAAGAGAGGAUACAAAAAAAACUACCCGCCAUCUGCAUUGAAAGUUGAUCUCGCAAAAUCAAUUGUCGAGGAAUUUCCAAAGCUGAAGUUAAAGUUAGAGGGAACAACCGGAUAUGGCCAUUAUUAUGAUCCUCUUCGUGGUUCCGGCUUUAUAGAAAACAAGCUCAAAACUUUACGAAAACAAAUGGCAAUAGAAGAUAAGAUGUAUAAAAAACAAAAGAGAAGCCACUCAACAUAUGCAAGUAGUUCCAGUUUUGAGAGUAGCGAAGAUGCUGACACCAGUGGGAGUACUGUUGAACUGGAUGCCUCACUUCUGGAAGACGAUAGCCCUAUACUGAAAAAGAUUAAAUGGCUGAAAGAAACCACACCUAACAAGGACAAUAAGGCAGAAAUAUAUAACAUAAUGAAGGAAAGUCAUGACUAUCGUAGGCUUGAAAUACAGCUGAAGCCUAUGACCUUAACUGACAUUUUAGAAAAGUACCCAAGGUUCUGUGAUGCUUAUGAGGGUGGAUUGAUUGACUGUGAAUUUGAGAUGAAUUACCCGGAGUGUAAGAAGUUUAUGGAAAUUUUUCCACCACUCAUUCAAAAAAUUCUUAAAAUGGAUCAGGAUUGUGUUCAGUGUGAUGAUGAUGGACUAAAGAGUCUUCUAGUUCUAUCGAAGAUUUUGCCACCUCUCAACACAAAGGGGAGGAAAGGACAAGAGCAGUGGGCAUUAUUUAAGUUUCAAGGGGCCGGCUGCAACGUUGGAUAUUAUGCUGAAACCAAGCCUCCAUCAUUGAGACAGCCAUUUUUAUUGGUCAUUGGUCCGAAAUCUCAUCCUGAGGAAUUCUUCUUAAUUCUUGACAAGAAAGUGGUGCCAGUUGGAAAUUCAUCAUUGCUGGCUUUUUAUAGACUGUUCGCUUCGUUUUGGAUUUUUGGAAUUGAGUACUAUGAAAAACUGGCAACUUUCUUCAAUUUUUUUGAAGCUAUUCUUUUCGGCAUGGAUCCCAAACCUUCAGUGGCCUCAUUGUUGGCUGCAUUGGACUUUGUGUGAAAAAAAAAAAAUGAUCCUACAUAGACGGCUCAAAAUGAAAAUGUGCUGAUGCCACCCUUUGUAAUUUUUGUGUGUCCACUUUGUUUAUUUUGUUUUUAUACUGAUUUGGCCCUAUGUUAAACCAUCAUGUCAGAGUACGACUUGUUAGUUUAUACACUUUAUAAAAAAUCGAUAUGUAUACACGAAUUAUGCAUUGUCUCUUUUUAGCGUUCAAAAAUGCAGAUUUUAUAGCCCGAUGUUCAUCUCAAAAUGAGAUUUUUUUUCGGAACUUUCUAAAGCGAUUGUCUCAUAUCGCCAAAAUUUGACAUAGGCCACUGCAGUUUUGAGUCGUCGAUGUGAGCAAACACUGGGGUCAUAAUUUUCAUUAUGAUUUCUUUCUGUGAAAUUUAUUUCAUUUUCUUUUGUUCAUUGGUGAUUGUGGUUUAGUCUGCAUCUUCGGUGAUUGUUUAUUGUGUUGCUGUUUAUACCCUUAUAUAGCAACACAAUUAGCGAUCACCGAAAAUGCAGAUGCGCUCACGCUUGAGUGUUUUUGAAGUUCUUUUCCAAGAAAAAUUUGGUAUAUUUAAUUUCUGCUUUUUUGGUAAAUGCAUGGGUAACUUAAGAAAGUUGAAAUGGGGCUGGGGGAAUUGGAGAGGAAACCAAUAACUCACUUUUUGGUGACUCUAUCGAGUUGUAAACUUGACUCAAAAAAGAGCCAUCGCAAAUGAUCUUGACGACUCUAUCAAGGGAUAAAUUUGACUCAAAAAAGAGUCAUCGCACAUGACUCUUGACGACUCUAUUGAAGCGGAAAUUUGACUCGAAAAAGAGUCAUUGUGCGUGACUCUUUUGACGACUCAAUCAAGGGAUAAAUUUGACUCAAAGAAGAGUCAUGUGCGUGACUCAAGUAAAGAGUCAAAUAUUUCUUGACUCUUUGAAAGAGUAGGAGGCUCGUUGAGUCAAAUUUGAGUCAAUAUUUUUUAGAG